AUGUCUCUCAAGAAGGAGAAAAUGCUUACGGGAAUAGAAUCAAAGGAGAAAAAACGUUACCAAGAGCUGUUAUUGAUGAAUUUGAGGGAGCUAGAGGGCGGCGGUCCCAACGGCGUUCACGGAGGCGGCGUCGCAGGAGGAGGCGGUGGGCGGCUGGUAGUGAAGGGGCUGACGGAGUGUUGCAGAUCGGAGAUGCAGUGGGAGGGAGCAAGGAGGUGUCGUGUGAAAUAG